UAUCUCCAGCCUGUCUAGUCCUCGCUAGUCUCGUAGGCCAUGCCUCAUAUUCUCUCCAGUGCGGUGCCAGUAAUCUCGAGCCGCCAUCUCUUUCCUUCCGCCGACACGCCUUCACAACAAACUUCGACUCUCUUUACACAUGGUAGACCACUCUGCGGCAGCCGCGCCAGAUGCGGGCGCCUUCGACUUUAAGCUCUACCGCUACGAUUUGUCGCUGCCAGCUGCGAUCGUGGCUGUGGCUGUCUUCCUCAUCCUCUCCCUGCUCCACACAUGGCGCAUCAUCCGCCACCGCUCCCUGUAUUUCACCGCCUUCACAAUCGGCGGUUACUUCCAAGUGGUUGGGUACUGCGGCCGGAUAUGGUCUCACUUCGAUAACAAGGCCCUCGGGGGCUUCAUCAUGCAGGCUAUCCUGAUCCUCGUCGCGCCCGCGCUGUACGCCGCCUCAAUCUAUAUGAUUCUCGGGCGCCUCAUCCGCGCGGUCCACUCCGAGCGCCUCUCCAUCAUCCCACUCAAGUGGAUGACCAAGAUCUUUGUAGCGGGUGACAUCGUCUCCUUCUUCCUCCAGGGCGGGGGCGGCGGCAUACAGGCCGGUGGAACCCUUCAGCUCUACGACCUUGGGGAAAAGAUCAUCAUCGUCGGGCUAUUCGUCCAGAUCGUCAUCUUUGGCUUCUUCCUCGUUACGACCGUGACGUUCCAUGUCCGCCAGCGCAAGGCCAGCAGCCGCAGCGCCAGUUCCGGCGACUUUGCCGUAUCCGACGACAGCCUCACCGGGACGACCAUUCCCUGGCAGCGCCACCUCACUGUGCUCUACGUCGUCAGCACCUUCAUCAUGAUCCGUAGCAUCUUCCGCGUCGUCGAGUACCUCCAGGGCAACCAAGGCUACCUCAUUUCACACGAGCUCUUCCUCUACAUCUUCGAUGCCGUGCUCAUGGCCAUCGUCAUGGCCAUCUUCCUCGUCUUCUACGUCGACGACCUUGACACGGGCAAGAGGGGGGCCUUCGGUGACAAGCGCACCUCUGGUGCCGAGCUGCUCUCGAGUCGCGACAGCAUGGGCCACGAGAUGGCCUCAAGGGCAAAGACAGGGCGAGAAAAACAAGAACGGGAAUCGGGGGCGAUGAUAGAGAGAGCCUGAUCGCCUAACAGACAUGUACACAAACCAAGCGGGGCUUCUCCCCCGAAUCAGAUGAACAGGCAUUUAGAUCUGGGAGCAUUUCGUGACCGACUCCACGUCACGAGCUGAAGCUUCCUUCGGCUUCUUCAUUAUUUCCUCUGUCGCAUUAGAUAUUUUCAUGGGUGUCCCUCGACAUGGCAGUUUUGCUUGGGAGCAGAGGAGAUUUAGAGAUCCGAACACGUACCCGCAACUCCCGAGGUUGCGAACUAUAGAAUCACAACGCAUCGCCCACCAACUAGAGAGACUUGCUAUUCACCGGCGAGCUAGCUGAUUCUGUGAUCAGCACGCCGAGAUGCCGACAGGUGUAGGAAGGAUGGAGGAUGACGGGGUACGAAUCAAUAGACUACUGGAGGCUUUGGGGUCGGAGAGCCUCACUGGUGGGAAGGCAAAGGCUGAUAAAGUAGGAGAUGACUAGUAGAGGUA